AUCGCCAUUGUAUAAGGGGCAGAGGAGAAGUAAUCCCUGUGAUGUUGAUAGAGGUGCUGUGGGGAUUGGUGAACAACGCCGCUAUCUGCACACACGGGGCUGUCGAGUGGGUGACCAUGGAAACUUGUCGUAAGAUUAGUGACGUCAACAUCUUCGGGACCAUCGCCGUCACCAAGACCUUCCUUCCUCUCAUCAGGAAGGCGAAGGGUCGAAUUGUGUCCAUGGGCAGCGCGCGGGGCCGCCUCCACAUCCCUAUAGGCACCACCUAUGACCUCAACAAGCACGCCCUCGAGGGCUUCAAUGACGGACUCAGAAACGAGAUGAGACGAUUUGGUAUUGACGUUUGCCUCAUUGAACCUGGCAACUUCACAGCGGGAACGGGCAUCUUCCGCGAGAGUGACGUGAGGCGUGACGGGAAGGCCAUGUGGGCAGCCAUGGACGAAGAGGUCAAGACUGCCUAUGGUAAAGAUUUCUUCGAUGAAACCAUUAACUUUCAGCUGAAUAUCACACGUUCCGGGAACCCGGACGUGAGUGAGGUGCUGACUGCAAUGACUGACGCCCUCACGCAGAAGUACCCGCAGAGUCGCUACCAGCCCAUGGAUAUUACUAUUUACCUCGCCGUGUUCCUGAAUCAGCAUUUCCCUGAGUGG